UUAGAAAUGGUGCGUACCCACACUAACACAGAGGAAUAACUUUACAGUAGCGACCACGGAGCUCCACAGACCGCUGUGCCGCCGACUCUUGUGAAAACAAGCUUACAGCACCGUCUCGGCGAAAGGAAAUGAAGAGGAGGCUACAUAAGAAGUACUUGAUUAUGAUUCUGGGAUAUUCAGGUCUACUUCUGCUAAUCCCGUACGUGUUGGAUUACCGGGAUAAAUCCGCACAGAAUGCCAAACUGCCGCAGCAACAGCCCAGAUGCCCAGAUCUGGAGAACACGGUGGCGCUCCUCUGGGAUAACGGUUUCAAAGCUAACGGCAGUGAUGCUGUGGAGAAUCCGCCAAACAGGACCCAGUCUCGGACACAUAUCUACCUGCACGCUACCUGGAGGACCGGCUCCUCGUUCCUGGGGGAGUUGUUCAACCAGCACCCAGAUGUCUUCUACCUGUACGAGCCCAUGUGGCACAUCUGGCAGGCCCUGUACCCCGGGGACGCGGGCAGCCUCCAGGGCGCAGUCCGGGACAUGAUGAACUCCUUGUACCGCUGUGACUUCUCCGUUCUUAAACUUUAUGCCAGCUCGCAGAACAUCACCACAUCGUUCAUAUUCGGGUGGAAGAACAACAAGGUGAUCUGCUCGGAGCCGCUGUGCGACGCGCACAAACGGCACGAAGUCGGGCUGGUGAGGGAGGACCAGUGCGCCAAGUGCCAGAGGAGGGAGCUGCGGGAGCUGGAGAGGGAGUGCAAGAAGUAUCCGGUGAUGGUGAUCAAAGGGGUCCGCGUUUUGGAUCUGAGCACCCUAGUUCCUCUGAUGAGAGAUCCAGCGAUCAACCUCCAGAUCAUCCAGCUCUUCAGAGACCCCAGGGCCGUGCACAACUCCCGGCUCAAGUCCAAACAUGCCCUGGUGAGGGAGAGCAUCCAGGUGCUGCGCAGCAAGAAGCAGAACGAUAAAUACAAGCGGCUGCUGGUGCCCAGCAACAGGAUGAACCGGGCGGAGAGCUACGUGGCCAGCGCCAUGGAGCUGAUCUGCGACAACUGGCUCAGCGACAUGAUGCUGGUGAUAAACGCUCCUCCUUGGGUAAGGAGGAACUACCUGAGGCUUCGCUACGAGGACCUGGUCCUGCACCCAAUGGAGGAGCUGCAGAGGCUCUAUCGCUUCUCCAACCUCUCUAGCUUCCCCGCACUGGAGAGGUUCGCGCUGAACAUGACGCACGGACAGGGCUACUCCUCGGACAAACCCUUUCUUAUAUCAUCCAGGGACGCUAAGGAGGCGAUAUACGCGUGGAGGGAGCGGCUGAACGUGGAGCAGAUUAGUCAGGUGGAGGCCUACUGCAGCGAAGUCAUGAGGCAGCUGGGGUAUGACAAGAACACAAUGGAGAAAGCCACAUGAGGAUCAGAAAUCUGGGGGGUUCUCGUAAUCAAGACUGGGGGGCAGAAGGCGGAAUAACAAAACAGGAUGGAGGAAUGCAGUCCACUAGGAGCUCUCAAGCGUGCCUUUGGGGUUGUUUUUAUCCUCACCCAAGCUGGGUCGAUGAACUGGAGAAACGGUGAUACUGGAAGGGGGAGGAGAACAUAAAAAAGAGAGGGAGAAAGGGCAGCCAAUCGGACACGGUUGGAUUUGAAACGAGGAGAAGGAAGCUUAUUUUCUCACCACGCUGCCUGUUUGACACCAGCAGGGUCCGUGGAGACGGAGAGAAGCUGGGGUGGGGGAUAAAACAAGAUACGGGGCUGGUUUGUGCUGCCGUUACUUUGGCUGACCUCUGUCCUUUUAGAAGCACUAAUCCCUCCUUAAAUCCUGCUCAACCGAGGGCCCUAAAAAACCUGAGAUGGAUCUUUCUCGGGACAUGAAUCCAGGGUGGCAGCGUCAGGUUCGCCCUUACUUGUGUGACUUAUCCGUCCGGCCUGUGACUAAGCAUGGCAGCAACCCCUGCUUUACUGAUCUACUGAUACUAAACAGAGAGAGGCUCACUAAUGCUUCUAAUAGAGCUCUGAAAGAAGAAACUAGAGUAAUUUUCUGGAAAAGAAUUCCUGACUGAGGAGAUUAUGUUCCGCCCCUGGCCCCUCGCUGGAAUCCAGACAGCUGCAGAGCCCCUUUGACAAAUCUUUCACGUGGGUGUGAAAUUAUCUAAUAAACCACAGAAUUCAUCAAGACCUGCUUCUGUCCUCCAGCGGUGGACCUCUUCAUUUUUUAUUCCAUAAUGGUCCAAAACAUUCUCAAAUACUGUGACGUCCCUGUGGUUGAGGAUGUGUUUGAGGGUUUAAAUGUUGGCCAGCAUCAACAUGUUCAACUUUAGAAGUUGGUUCUAUUAUAUUUGUAGAAGUGUGAAAGAAGAAAAUACCUCAAGUCUAUUUAAAUUCAAAGAACGUCUGUUACAACUUAUACAUAAUUUCUAGAUUCAUACAGUUGAUUAACAAAAAGAAUGCACUUUGAAAUAUGAGCUGAGUUUCUCUUGAGUAGUUCCCCCAAUUUAAAAAUAAAAUUGGAACGUGCCUUCAAGAGCAAUCACAAAACAUGUGACUCAUAAAUAGGACAUGCGUAAAUAGUAGCCAGUCGCAGCUGUGAAAUGUACAGUGCCUUGCAAGAGUUAUCAAAAGUCUUUUAAUGCAAAAGGCCAACACAAAGGGUUGCAUCAUUUUAAAGAGGAAGAAAAAUUUAGUUUUUAAUUUUACAAAGAAAUCUGAACUCACAUCAACUCUGGCCAGCUUCACUAUCACUUCUAAAGAAAAACAUCCCCAUCACAUGAUGCAGCCACUACCAUGUUUCACCCUGGCAACGGUGUGUUCAGGUUGAGGGGCUGUGUUAGUUUUCCAGCACACAUAGCAUUUCGCACGUAAGGCUACAUCUCUGAUCAGUAGUGCGUACCUUGUUGGUUCACUAAUGUUCUCUUAAUUAACCUCUGCAACAAAGGUAGAUUCACGAAUAUGUGACUUUAGAAGGUUGGUUGCACAGGAUUUUAUUUAGGGAUAUACAGAUUAACAAAAUCUAAAAAUUGUGCCAUGCAGUCUGUCACCAAGUCAAUACUUUGUAGAUCUACCUUUCAAAGCCAUUUCCAUUGGAGCACUGUUGGGGUAUGUCUCUCCCAACUUUGCACAUUUGACAGAAUUUUUUUGCCCAUUUCUCUUUGUAAAAUAGCUCAAGUUCUCAAAGUCUUGCCACAGAUUUUUAAUAUGGUUUAGGUAUGCACUCUCACUGGGCUUUCAAUAUGCUUUGGUCCAAAAACCAAUCAAUUGUAGCUCUAGCUGUAUAUUUAGGGUCAUUGUCCUGCAAGGAGGACAGGUUUUCUUCCAGAAUUACCUUCGCUUCAGCUCCAUCCAUUUCCCCAUCAUCUCCAACCAGCUUCCAUGUCCCCGCUAAAGAAAAGGAUUCCCCAAAACAUGGUGCUACCUCCACAAUUUAAGUCUCAUCUGACCACAGCAACCUUUUCUACAGGUUUGAACCAUGUUUUGCAUGUGGCAUGAAUACUUUUGGAAAGCACUGUACAUUUCACACACACUGGUUUAUAAAGUAAGCAUUAGACACAAGUUUAAGGACAUUGUUUUAAGGAUUGAAACAACAGUACAGUUUUCAGUAAGACAAUUUGCAACAAAUCUGUUUAUCAUUAUUACCUCCCAUUCUAGAAUGUGACUAAUAUUUUUCUGCAUGAUAAUUUUUUCCAAGCUCAAGGCAAGCAAGGGGAAGAUUAGCAAAAAGUACAUAUAGCACUGCCACUAUGGUGAAUUUCAUUAAACACUUCUUUAAAGAGUUAAGUGGAGCACACUGCUGGCUGACCCAGGAUUUCAGGAUGUUUUAUUAAUACGUUGACAUGCAGACCAUGGCACAAACAGCCUGGCUUCCAGCCGCUUCUGAGAACAACAGGUGCACAUACUGACAAUUUAGCUACAUCUCAUAUUUCUUAGGUCCAGAGAACAUUUAAAUAUAGACGACGGGACAAGUGACAACACAGCAGUGGGGGGAGAGUGCACGUGUAAGGUUAGCGAAAAGUCUUGCAAGUGUCCUCUGCUUGCCAUAAAGUGCUUGCCGUUUGCUGGUCUUGAUGGUUUUAGUUGUCUGUGAAGCUUCCAUUUAUUACGUGCUCACACAUCUUUGGGAAAAACACUACAUUUGUCAGUCUAUGUAAGUUCCUGUUCUGUGAAUUGUUCUUUAAAUAAAGCAGAAACUGAAAGGGAAAAUUUCAACAAGGACACCAUAA